AUGGCCAUGAGCCUUAAAAGAAGCUGCACUUCUAGUUCUCAGGAAGUUGUUCUCAGAGACGAGGAUUUAUUGACACUGAUCCUCUUGCGCGUGCCUCGGACACGACACAAUCUCUUGAAGUCUGUUUCAAAACAAUGGCAGUGUCUGAUCACCGCGCCCCACUUUCGUAAUUUACUACCUCCUCUCCGCGCCUCUGGUCUCUUCAUCCAAGUACCCGUUGAGGUCAGUUCCGGUGAUAAUGUCUAUUUUGUUCCUCUGGAUGAUCCGAGAACUGCUCCCCUGUUUCGAAACCUCGAAAAGGUUUGUAUUCUGCAAUCCUGCAAUGGCCUUUUACUGUGUUCUGAUGCCCUUAGAACACAUUAUGUUUAUGACUCAUCCACCGAUCAAUUAGCGAGUCUUCCUAGACAUGGGCUAGACACUGGGAAUGGUUUUCGUUAUGUUGGCUUGGCUUAUGAUCCUUCAAAGUCACUUCACUACAAAGUUAUUGCUUUUGUGACUAGGCGUCGAGCUCAAUUAUUUCAUCAUGAGAGGGACUUCUAUGUUUACUCCUCGGAAACCAAGACCUGGAAGUCCUCUGUACAGUCCUUUAUUUCAGGUCCGGGAAUGUACUUCAACGACGGUGUGUAUUGGAAGGGGCGUAUGCAUUGGUUAAGUAGUUUGAACUAUGUAUCAGAACCAGAAUCGGCUCUUUCUGAAUGCCUGUACUUUAAUGUGGAUGAAGAAAGGUUAGGAACAUUUCCAAGGCCACCUAUUCGUGUGUGGUCGAAUUCAAGGAGGAGUUUGUAUUUCGGGGAAUCUGAAGACCAUUUGCACGUUGUUGAGGCUCGUCCUUAUGCCAAUUCACUCAGCGUGUAUGAGAUGAAGAGUGAUUACUCAGAGUGGUUUGUCAAGUACCGAAUAGAUCUUGAUCCAAUAUCCAGAGAUUUCCCGGAGAUAAAAGAGAAGGAUAUGUUUGACGAAGAAAACGAUCAUGAACCUGUAGUUAAUGUGCUCUCACUUAUUAGAAGGGAGAAUUUCCAUGAGGAUUCAUUCGCGGUACUAGAAAUACCUGGUAAGGCUAUACGUUACAAUCUCGUGGACAGAAGCUUCCAAUUGAUACGGGACUUUGGUGCAGACUUAGACUUCGAUCCAAAAAUAAAUGACUAUUCGCUAUGUGAUUUUACAGCUUGUCAGUACAUUGUUAAUCUUAAUGUGUAG